GGCUGCUCCUGCAGCCCAUAUUUUAAGCUAUUUCAGAAGAAAAGAAAUCUGAAGACUUCAAUGGCUGCAGCUUAAUGAAUGUCAGACAGACCUCCUCUGCUGCGGCUCCAUCACUCCCCCAGCGGCACUGUAUACUCCCGCACCCUGGUUGCCGGGUAACUACAGCGGAGGCUCCGGUGUCCUUCUUGGUCAGUCACACACACUCGCCGCUGCCCUCCGGGAUCGCGUGGCCUCAGGUACAAGGGGAGAUUUACGCCUCUUGACUAGAGAUGUUUGGAGAUCUGUUUGAGGAAGAAGAGGAUUUCUCAUUUCUUUCAAGCAGUACAUGCACUAAUGGCAGGAAGUCCAAAUCCAACGAUUCAGAAAUACUGGAACCACGGGGAGAGACCAGACUAAGUGGCCUCAGGAACCAGGGCAGCACCUGCUACCUUAAUUCUCUGUUGCAGACACUUCUUUAUACCCCAGAAUUCCGAGAAGCCCUUUUUGCCUUGAGCCCUGAAGAGCUUGGAACUCUAGAGGAGAAAGAUGUUCCUGAUUCCAAGGUUCGGAUCAUUCCAUUGCAGUUACAGCGACUUUUUGCACAGCUCCUAUUGGUGGAUCAGCAGGCGGCGUCCACCUCUGACCUUACAAGCAGCUUUGGCUGGGAUAAUGAGGAGGCCGGCCAGCAAGAUGUCCAGGAGUUAAACCGUAUUUUGUUUAGUGCCUUGGAAAGUUCCCUGGAGGGCACCACUGGCCACAACCUCAUCAAGAGCUUAUAUCAUGGGACAGUGGUGAACCGUAUACAGUGCCAGGACUGCGGAUAUGUCAGUGAGAGGCAGGAAGAUUUCCUUGACCUUACAGUGGCCGUAAAAGACAUGAACAGCUUGGAGGAGUCAUUAUGCAGCAUGUAUGUAGAAGAAGAAAUGUUUGAGGGCGACAAUCUGUACCGUUGUGGAUCCUGUGACAAGCUUGUCUCUGCUGCAAAGUCCGCCAAGCUGGGAAAGUUACCGCCCUUCCUUACAAUAUCUCUGCUGAGAUUUAACUUUGACUUCACAAAAUGUGAGCGUUACAAGGAGACAGCGCGAUACACCUUCCCUGCCCGCCUCAACAUCCGGCCUUUUUGUGAGCAGAAUCACUUGGAGGACUCUGCACAAGCCUAUGAGCUGUUUUCGGUUAUCAUACACAAGGGUGGAUGUUAUGGCGGUCACUACCAUGUGUAUAUCCGGGAUGUGGACGAGCUGGGGCAGUGGAGUUGCCAGACAGAGAACAGGAAGACAGUAGUGGAGGAUACUGGGGAAGAACAGGACUGUGCUGCUGAUAUUCUAGCCACUGUUAUUGCAGAGGCGGGUGUAGAUAAAAUGGUUCCUGUUGAUCAGUUGAGUCAAAGACUUCUGGAACACACCGGAUCUUCCUGGAACAAGGUGUACCGGAAACAGCACGGCGCCAUCCGCAAGUUCCUACAGAGUCACCCCUCCAUCUUUCAGCUAAGCUCAGACGGUUCGCUGGUGGGCUUAGCUCAUACAGUAAAUGGCAUUGAUCCACAAUGUUGUAAGCAGAACAGUACAGGAAAGAUGCCAGCUCCAAAGCCAGGUGCCAGCCAUUGGUUUGACUUCAAUGACUCCGCAGUGCAGUGCAUCCAAGAAAGGGACAUGGAAAAGCAAUUCCAGGGCAAGGAGAGUGCAUAUAUGCUGUUCUACCGCAGCAGCCAACUGAAGAGACCCCAAGAAGCAAAAGGCAAUGUUCGGUUUGGAGUCCCUGAAUACCUGUUACGCCAGAUGGAUCAGGAAAAUGAGGAACUUCAGCGCAAGAGGAUGGAGUCGGACAGAACAGCCAACAGCAUGAACCUCCGUCUUCACCUCGCGUCAGGCUAUCGGUUUGAUAAUGGUGCUCUUCACCCAGUCAUCUCCCAAGGAGACAGCACCUUAGACAUAAGUGUGGAUCGGCGAGGGACCGUCAGCGACUUGAGACAAACUGUUUUCCAGUUGUUGGACGAGUCGGUAGAAGGACAUGUAUUGAGCAUCGCAAAGCUUCUGCCGGCAGGUUUGCAUGUCUUCCAGGACCUGUGUGAUGCAGAGCAGGAUCUUGCGAGUGCUGGUGUCACAGACAACUGUGAUCUAUUUCUGUGGGAUGGACAGCAGGUUGGAGGACUGCCAGUCCAUGGUGGUCCAGACUGCGCUCCUCUCCUCCUAACCAUCAUGCGUUCAUGUACAGCCCAAAGCAAUGAUUCCUCGCCAAAGUACUCGGAGAGCCAAAGAGUCUUCCCAUCCAACUUUCAGCUGAAGGUAGUACAGGAGAAGCUAGCCGGUAGCCCCUCGGAAGAGUCCCUGCUUUGCUCUCCAUCCACAGAGACCAGUGAGGGUUGGAGUGUUUUUGCCAUUGAAGAUAUGAACAAGACCCUCACCAUGUUGGGGCUCAAAGAUGGCAGCUCCCUUCUGCUUUUGGAUUCACAUCAAGAGGGAGAAGUAGCUCUUGCAACGGAAAUAGAGACAGCCGGUGAGCUGAGCCAUCACUACAUUCAGGUGCAGGACUGGUGCAGAACAGAAGAAGAAAGGGAAACGUUUCAACUUCCUGCAGACUCUGCCUCUACUAUGUCCGAGAUCCGCAGGAAAGCUAUGGAAUUGCUGGAGCUGCAGGAGGAUUGUGAUGGCACCUGUCUGAGGCCUCUGCAUAGAAGUGGGAAGUUGCUUCCCCCAGUUCUGGAGCAUCUCACAGUGCAGGAGGCAGAGCUUAAAGCUGGGAGCAUCUUGGGCCUGUGUAGGGGGAAAGCGCCUCGCACCUCAGAGGUCUUCCUGUCUUUUAUUGUCGGCACUGACCUCCAGGAAGGACAGGAGCAAGAGAUUAUACUGGAAGAAACACUAACCGUGAAAGAGUGCUUAGACAAAAUGCUGCAGAGAGUCGGGUUACCAGGUGAGACUGGAUGGCACCUAAGAAAAAUGGACUGGUGUUAUGAAGCUGGAGACGCUGUGAGCGACGAGGACUCCUCACUUAAGGACCUAAAAGUCAGAUCUGGAGAUACUUUUGUUAUAACAGAGGGAAAACUGCCUCCCAAGGGUUUCCUGAAGUUGCCUAUAUGGUUGUACAGUCCUACAAUACAGCAAAAUUCUCUGAACCAUGUCAUCUCCCCACUGGCUACACUGCCUAUGACCCAGCCAGGAGAUGUGUCUGCGCAGGACGGUGCAGACUCCGACCUCUGCUUUGUGCACCACGUGGAGAUAUCCAGAGAUGCUUCUCUGCAAGACCUGAAGAUGCAGAUCAUGACAUUGACGGUAUUUGAUGCACUUGGGAUUCCGUCUCCCGAGUUCCUCCGUAUCUGGACAUUGGAAAAUAAACGUUUGGGAAAAGUGUUGCGCUGUAAUCAGCGGCGGAUCAGUGACUAUAAACUGGGGAUUAGGACCACACUUUGCGUGGAGCCUCUAUACACGAAGGAGUUCUUAGGCCCCCAGGAUCUGCUACUGAGGGUUCAGCUUUCUGUCCCAGGGGAAUGCCGUUACUUCCCCCCAGUGGACAUUGCUUGGAAUAUUUCUUGUGGAUGCACAGCCCCCGCUCUCCGCCAGAAGAUCGCCACACAUUGCUCACUGCCGGCAGACAAAGUGGAGAUUGCAAAGUACUUUCCAGACAACCACGAAUGGCUCCCAAUAUCCAGCUGGACUCAACAAGUUUCCAAGAAGAAAAAGAAAAAGAAAUCAGAGAGCCUGCAGGGGGCGCCCUAUUAUAUAAAGGAUGGGGACAUUAUUGGGGUAAAGAACCUGCUGCUGGAUGACCGGAUGGACUUCAGCUCGGAGACAGACUAUAUUGCUAAGGAAAGACAGAGACAGCAUGCAGACAACAAAAAGAAGGGUCCACAACCGUUUUGCAAUGAAAAGGUUCGUCCAAGCGCCCGGAAGACGGAAACAUCACUAUCCAUCCGGGUUGGAGUUUUCAGAUAGCAAAGACUAUAUGCUCUCUUAAUUGGAGCCUGUAGUCACGGGAUAUAGUUUCCCUUAAUCUCAGGGAUGAGCAUAUGCUGUCAUGGAAAGGCAGUGUGAUGUUGUGGUAGAGAUCUAUAUCUCCCCCUGGAGGUCAUAAUCGGGUAAAGCACUACUUUCAGUAGCUGUAUAAAAGUGCUUGUUGCUGACCUCUGCUGCAGUACAGGGACGUUUCACCCUGUGGAGGUGCCUUCUCUCUUCUCAUUAUCUCAUGCAAUUCUAAUUGUUCUCGUUAAAUUGCUGCUCAGAGAUUUAAAAAAAGAAAAGCACGUUAUUUCAUCAACCCCCUCUGUUUAUUACUACGUUAUCUUCUUUUUCAUGGUUUGUUUCCACUCUUUAAUGGGGGAAUCGGCUGCUGUCAGGAAAUGAGGGAAUAGUGCUGCUGCGCCACAGUAACCUAUUGGUUACAUCACAAUAUCCUAACGGUUAUGAAGGCUUGUUGACAGAUGUGCACUUUUGGCGUUAUUGUACACUUGUGGCAUGGUUCGCAUGGCAGCAGAUAGAUGAGUUCUUUUCAUCUACGGGCUUUCUUAACCGUGCCUUCACCUGCUCCGACCUCCCAUAGUCCCUGCUGCUGGAGUCGUUUACCAGACUCUCCGGUCACUGACCGAUAAUGCGACCAAUGAACGUUUUACUGCACUCCACUCAGAGCUCUUGGGUUAGAAUUGAGAUAUCAAAAAGUUUGUAAACUUCUGGCUUAAAGCAAUUAAAUACUGUAUUGAGGAAAACCUUUCUGAAGCUGAACACAGUCAGUAACUUCAGUAUUCCCCACUGACAACCUGCCUACAUAGCUUUGCGACGUUUGGGAUAACGGUUUAUUAGCUCACACUGGGGCAGAUGUAUUAAGCCUGGAGAAGUGAUAAAGCGGUGAUAAGGGCAA